AUGGCGAAUCUCAGGUUGAACGCUGCUUUUGCAGGGGCCUUUAUAGCCCUGCUCGUCUUACUCCUACUGUUCACUAUCGUUCCGGACCAGCGUCGCCCGAUCACCGCCAACACUCGGUAUCGAUGGCAAGAUAGAGCGGCGAAACUAAAUGCAGAUAGCAGUGUGUUUUUGUUGGGAGCAGGCAAAGCGGACAUCACUGGCCCUGUAGUAGAGGUAGGCUUUGGUGGCUACGCCAGUUUGGACCAAAUCGGGACUGGCUUACAACAGAGAAUCUUCUCGCGCGCUUUUAUAUUUGCCAAUCCGGAUAAACCGGAGGACACGUUCAUUUACCUAAUCAUCGACUCUCUCACGGGCGACACGGGAAUUCGUCAUGGGGUUCUUGAGGGCCUCGCUGGCCUAGGGAGCGAAUACUCGCGCUAUGGCGAGAGUAACGUGGCCCUCACCGGGACACACUCCCAUUCGGGACCGGGUGCCUGGAUGAACUACCUCCUGCCUCAAAUCCCCAACAAAGGAUUCGACAAGCAAAGCUAUCGGGCGGUCGUUGAUGGAGUCCUGCUGUCCAUCAAACGAGCACAUGAAAGUCUGGCCCCCGGGCACCUGCGCUUCGGCUCGAUAGACGUCGAGGAUGCCAAUGUGAACAGGAGUCCAUAUUCCUACGACCACAACCCCGAAGAAGAGAGGGCGAAAUAUUCGGCCAAUGUAGACAAAUCAAUGACCCUGCUGCGGUUUGAUCGGGAAUCGGACAACAAGACAACUGCUGUCCUGACCUUUUUCCCUGUGCAUGGCACCUCGAUGUAUAACAACAACACGCUUGUGACAGGUGAUAACAAAGGUGUGGCUGCAUGGCUAUUUGAGAGGAGUGUCCGCAACAAUGGGAAGUUUGCCGAUGAUUUUGUUGCGGGGUUUUCUCAGUCCAAUGUCGGCGACACAUCUCCCAACACAUUGGGCGCUUGGUGCGAAGAUGGCUCUGGGCAGCAGUGUCGCUACUCCGACAGCACUUGCGGUGGGAAGACGGAAGACUGUCAUGGCCGUGGGCCGUUCUUCCGGGAAAAAGACAACGGCGCCAAAAGUUGUUUUGACAUCGGACGGCGCCAGUAUGUGGCUGCUCGACAAUUGUACGACGACCUGGAAUCCAAGUCUAUCCAGAUUUCUCCCAGCUCCCAUGUACACUCCUUGCAUGUGUACCACGAUCUAUCCGGCUACAAAUUCGUGUCUCCUUUCAACUCCAGCGUUUUAUCCACAUGCUCGGCGGCUCUGGGGUUCUCAUUUGCUGGAGGUACCACCGAUGGACCGGGCUUCUUUGAUUUCUCUCAGAACGGUAGCGGACCGGCCAACAAGAAUCCACUGUGGUACGUGGCGCGAGCGUUUCUUCACGAGCCCUCACGGGCACAGAAAGCAUGCCAGGCUCCAAAAGAGGUUCUCUUAGACGUGGGCUCCAUCGAUCAACCAUACCCGUGGAGCCCGAACAUCGUGGACAUCCAGGUUCUCCGAGUAGGCCAGCUGUUUAUCAUCAUUUCGACAAGUGAGGCGACAACUAUGGCGGGGCGGCGCUGGAAGGAGGCGAUUGUCAAAUCGGCGAAAGAUACCCUUUCGGUCCAGAAUCCUUUGGCUGUAUUGGGGGCUCCAUCUAACAGUUACGCGCAUUAUGUAGCCACCGAGGAGGAAUACGGCGUUCAGCGCUACGAGGGAGCCUCGACUCUUUACGGGCCUAAUACUCUGGCUGCGUACGUCAAUCUUACCUUGACAUAUCUUCCUCAUCUCGGUGGGGAUGCAGCCGAGUUGCCCCCAAUUCCCUCCGGCGUGACCCCUCCGAUAAACACUGACAAAUCACUCACGUUUAUCCCUGGUGUCGUGUAUGACGGCCGUCCCUCGGGCAAAGCAUACGGGGAUGUCAUUUCGUCGGCGGAUAAUGUAACUUACGGACCUGGUGACGUGGUGAAAGCGACGUUUGUAGGAGCGAAUCCCCGCAACAAUCUUCAUCUUGAGUCCACCUUCGCUGCAGUCGAACGACAAAAGCCCGGCACAAGUACCUGGGAAGUUGUACGAAACGACCACGACUGGAAUCUCGUCUACCAGUGGAAAAGAACAAACACGGUUCUGGGAUAUAGUGAGGUGACUCUUCAGUGGCAUAUCGAGGAUGAUUUCUACAACGUUGGGAACCCUAAGCCUUUGCAGGAUGGAACUUAUCGCCUGCAUUAUUACGGCGAUUCGAAGAGUAUCGACGGGAAGGUUUCAUCCUUUGAGGGCGUAGGCCGCCCCUUCAAGGUGGCUGUCUAG